CGGUUUGUAAGAUGGUCGCGUAACUUUUUUUUUUUUUUUCUUUUUUUUGAGAAACAAGGAAUCUUGAACAUCAUGGCAUGGAGACUCUUUAAUUUGUUUUCUUCUACAGAUAAUAAUUUUAAAUCAGAUACAAGGUGUACUGUAUUCACCCAGUCGAGAAGAGAUAAUAAUUUUAAACCAGAUACAAGGUGUUCUGUAUUCACCCACUCGAGAAGAGAUGGAGGCAAUGAAGCCAUGCGCCGCUAACUCUCCUCCGUUGACGCCGUUAGGUUUCUUAGAAAGAGCCGCCAUCGUGUACGGUGACUGUACCUCCAUCGUUUACGGAAGCAACACCGUUUACACGUGGCGUGAAACUAGCCUCCGUUGUCUCAGCGUCGCGUCCUCUCUGUCCUCCCUCGGAAUCGGCAGGUCCGACGUCGUCUCCGUCCUUUCUCCCAACACUCCGGCGAUGUACGAGCUCCAGUUCGCUGUUCCCAUGUCUGGUGCAAUCCUCAACAACAUCAACACGCGACUCGAUGCACGCACCGUCUCUGUUCUUCUCACCCACUCUGGAUCUAAACUUCUCUUCGUCGACGUCUUCUUCUGCAGUCUAGCCGUCGAAGCUAUCUCGAUGAUGACGACUGAUCCGCCCGUUCUCGUCUUCAUCGCCGAUAAAGAAGAGGAAGGAGGAUGUCGUGCUGACGUGGCCGAUCGCAACAAGUUCAGUUACACUUACGAUGAUCUUGUCGAGAGAGGUGAUCCGAAUUUUAAAUGGAUCCGACCCGAAAGCGAGUGGGAUCCGAUUGUGCUUAAUUACACUUCCGGUACGACUUCGGCUCCCAAAGGAGUGGUACACUGCCACAGGGGAAUCUUCGUAAUGUCAAUUGAUUCUCUAAUCGAUUGGACCGUACCGAAAAAUCCGGUUUACUUAUGGACUCUACCGAUGUUUCACGCUAACGGUUGGUGUUAUCCGUGGGGGAUCGCCGCCGUCGGAGGAACUAACGUCUGUUUGCGCAAGUUCGAAGCGUCGUUAACCUACCGUUUGAUACGUGAUCACAACGUCACUCACAUGUGUGGAGCUCCGGUGGUGCUCAACAUGUUGUCUGCGACUCAGGAAUCUCAUCAGCCGUUAAAACGUCCCGUCAACAUUUUAACCGCCGGUGCUCCACCUCCAGCCGCCGUGAUCCUCCGCGCGGAGUCAAUCGGUUUCGUUAUCAGUCACGGUUACGGAUUAACAGAAGCGGCCGGUGUAGUCGUCUCCUGCGUGUGGAAGCCACAGUGGAAUCGUUUACCGGCGAGUGAUCGAGCGAGGCUGAAGGCACGGCAAGGAGUGAGAACGGUGGGGUUUACUGAAAUAGACGUGGUGGAUCCUGAAUCGGGUCGGGGCGUUGAGAGAAACAGAGAAACCGUCGGCGAGAUAGUGAUGAAGGGAAGCUCGAUCAUGCUUGGUUACUUAAAAGAUCCGAGCGGAACAGAGAAGGCUCUGAAGAACGGGUGGUUUUACACUGGAGAUGUUGGUGUGAUUCACUCUGAUGGUUAUCUUGAGAUUAAGGAUAGAUCGAAAGAUAUAAUCAUAUCAGGAGGAGAGAAUGUGAGUAGUGUUGAGGUGGAAGCGGUUUUGUAUACGAAUCCGGCGGUGAGUGAAGUGGCGGUGGUGGCGAGACCUGAUGAGUUUUGGGGAGAGACGCCGUGUGCGUUUGUGAGUCUGAAAGAAGGGUUGAGUGUGGAACCGACGGAGGAGGAGUUGAUAGAGUAUUGUAGGAACAAGAUGUCUAGGUUUAUGGUUCCUAAAACGGUUUUGUUUAGGGAUGAGUUGCCUAAGACUUCGACGGGGAAAGUUUCUAGGCUUGUGCUUAAGGAGAUUGCUAAGACGAUGGGUGAUGAGACAAUUUCUUAAACAUCUUUCACCGUUCCACAAGAUUGAAUGUAGCAAAUGGACAAUGGUCAAUGAAUAUGUAUUCCCUAAUCCGCAUAAACACUAUGUAACAAAACGUUUGGAUUGGUUUGAGGUUUGUUUGUUUUUACUCGGUUUGGAUUUUUAAAAAUAUACAUUAGGUUAAAAUAUAUUCAAGAUGGAAAUAUGUUUUUAUGUCGUUUGGAGAUCGGUUCUCUCCACUACUUAUCUGGACUAGCUACAUUGAUGA